GCGCGCCGCGAGCGGUCCACUGAUUUAGACGUCACUGGGGAAAAUGGCGGCGUGCUUUCUGUUGGGUCGCGUUUCUGCAAACUUAACUUAUGCCCUGCCCCGAGUUUUGCAUACAAAUGUUUUCUCUCCUGCGCGACUGUUGGCGAGAACAUGUUUUAAAAGAGACCUGUCACUGACUCCUCGUUUUUGUUCAGCACUGAAGUACACAGACAAACACGAGUGGGUGCGAGUGGAAAAUGGCAUAGGCACUGUGGGCAUCAGUAACUUUGCUCAGGAGGCUUUGGGUGAUGUGGUCUACUGUGGUCUCCCUGACGUUGGCACAAAACUCUCCCAGUCAGAUGAGUUUGGCACUCUGGAGAGUGUGAAGGCAGCGAGCGAGCUGUACUCUCCUUUAACAGGGGAGGUGACCGAGGUUAACCACGCUCUUGCUGACAAUCCUGGACUAGUCAAUAAGUCUUGCUACAAAGAUGGCUGGCUGAUGAAAAUGACAAUAUCAGUACCAGAAGAACUGGAGGCUCUAAUGGAUGAAGCAGCAUAUGAGAGAUACAUCAAAUCUAUAGAAGACUAGUAAUGAUCCAGAACCAACCUCGUGCAUGGGUUUGAUAUGUUCGUGUUCUCCUGUGGAUGAAAAUGACAGACAAUAUGGUAGACUGUGGACUGCCUGUUUCUUUAUUACUGAUUUGUCUGAUUAAAGCCCACUGCUUUAGUGUAGAUAUAUAGAUAUAUUCCAGGCAAUAAAGCCACCAAAAUAACCAACUGUAUAAUGAAUGGUAAUGGUAAUGAAUCAUUCAGUUCAUUCUCGCUGCAUUCCAGCUUAAAGCUAAUAAUGUGAUGAUGGUUCAGUCUGUGUAUGGAGGUGUAUGACACACAGUUUGCAUGCAGACUCAGUGUUAGUUUGGUUUUGAUGACCAGUUUAUGAUCUGGUCCUUCCUUGUUUUUGUUUAGAGUCAGCAGCUGGUAGGUGAAGAUUACUAACCUUAUUAAAACACUACUGGUUUUCUGAA